AUGGACAUCGCAGAAACUGGAGUCUCCCUGGCAGAUUGGGUGUGUCUGGUUGAAAAUGAGUCUAGCUUCAACACCAACGCCUUGAACUCCCGCAACAGGAACGGCUCUAAAGACUACGGCCUUUUCCAGAUCAACAGUUAUUACUGGUGCAUUGAUGGAGGAGUGAACACGGCCAACGGCUGCAACAUCAACUGUGAAGAACUGUACGAAGUGGACGCUGCCGUUUCAUGUGCCAAACGUGUCGUGCAGGACCGCAACGGCAUCCGUGCCUGGAUGGCCUGGGUGGAUCACUGUGACAGAGAUCUGAGCAACUUCCUGGAUGGAUGUGAAGUCUAG